AUGCAGUCGUGCAAAGACGGCGGUAAUUUGGCUUGGCGUUACUGGCUUAUCGUUCACAACGAGUGGACAUUGCCGCUCCGAAGAAGAGCCUGCCAAGGGAGGCAAUGCAAUUUGGGGCGGAAACGAGCUGCUGACAAGGACGAAAAGACUAAUACCAAAUCAAAACAAGAGGAAAAGUCUGAAGCUAAAGACGGCAGCGACAAGCCAGCCAAGCGACCGGCCAAGAAGGCCAAACCGUCACUUCCAGACAUUCAGAUGCGUAUCGUCUUGACUGAGUUCACUCGCUGGACUUUGGACAAGGGCACCCUGCUCGAUAUUGAGGACUUUAUCCUCAAAGACAAAGAGGCCGUGAAAAGGCACCACAUGGUCCUUGAGACAUCAGGUCGCUCGAGCCAAUGCAAACAGAGGCAAACUGCUUGUUGGUGUCCCCAUCUGUUGCACAAAAAAAACCGCAAUGAUCCAGACAACUACAAAGCCAUAGCUGAUGCGAACGGCGCGAUCUUGAACAUCGAUCGGGCUCGAAGCGGGACGACAAUCCGAUCCACAACCGCAGAGGAGGGGGAUAACGCGCCACCCAAGCCGGUCUAUCUAUUAAGCAGCACACGUCCUGGUGAGAAAUUCUGUGAUAUGGCGUACAUUGCCAGCAUGGAGCCUCGAAUUGUUCCAUCUGACUAG